AUGGAGUCGAUCCGAUCAUCGGAUCGCGGAUCCAAUUGGGAAUAUGAUCCGGACGACAUCGACUUCCCGGUGCCCGCCCAAGCGGCCGUGACCACCGCCGCAUCCGGAUCCACUGGAUCCACCACGAUCCAACGAGUCCGGAUCUCAGCGAUCUCGGAUCUGAAGGAGUUCUCAGGAAGGGAUCCGGACGAGGAUCGAACACGAGCUUGGAUCAGCAAGGUCAAACCCGAUGAAUCGCCGUUGGACUAUCUGUACCGGUUAAACGUUGCCGGAUUGCGUGCGCAACUCAAGAUCAAAGAUGGUAGUACCAAGAAUCGGCGCGAACAUGUGGAUCACUUCACUGAAACACUGGAGGAUCGGCUGACGUUAUUACGACUAUCGGAUGCAGAUGAUCUGGAGGAAGUACUUUGUGCGCGGGAUCGGGCCAAAAGCCGACAGAAGAAGGCUGCAGUCGAAUCCGGCAAGUUCCGACAGAAGGCGUCAAAUGCUGCACCGUCGGCUCCUGCCAAACAAGUGCGAGCGAUCCAGAUCCAAGCGGCUGACUCCAGAUCCGAUACUUCGGACGGGUCAGACGGAUCUGACUCUGAGAUGGACAAUCAUUGUCGGAUCUACCUUGCCGCGAAUCAAGAAGUCGCUCCAAAGGAGGAAAGCGAGACGAUCAUACCGGAUCCGGGACAUCAGGAUCCGGGAUCCAUGAACCAUAUCCACCAGGAGCACCGAUCCAAGAUCCAGGGUGACGGAUUCAACCGUAACCGACGCUCGCACUGCGGAUCCAAGAAGCACUCGAAUCUCGGAUGCUGGAGACGCGUGACUUGUAUAAAUCUUCGCCAAGCUGAUGAAUACGCCAGAUCCGAUGUGACCAUGACUGUGGAUCUUCAUCCAGGAGAAUCCAGAGGUUACUGGAAGCAGAAGGAUCCGUAUCUGUGGUUCAAACCUGCGGAUCAGGAGACUACCACCGAGAUCACGAAGCCUACUCCUGGUAAGUGGUUUCGUCAAGCCAAGAUCGUCGGUAAGAUCCACAAUGAGAAGGCGAUCUUACUCCUAGAUACUGGUGCCGAGGUGUCCAUCGUGGAUACCGCCUUUGCUCGUAAGGCUGGGUGCUACAUCGACUCGAGUCAGAUCCAAGAUUGGGAUCUCUCGGGACAAGAAGCUAUCCUAGGCCUGGACUUCAUGGUUCCGGCCGGGAUCCGCCUGAAUCUCGCUCACGGAUCCAUCAGCUUGCCCGACGAAGUCCGGAUCCAGCUUAGCGGAAGGCGACAGCUUUACAGUGACAAGACCAGGAUCGUGAAUCUUGGGCAAUACCUGAGGAUCCAGCCAGGAGAAUCAGUGGAGCUUCCCUUACGCCUGAGGAAGAUCCGAUACGUAAAGAUCACGAACGUCGGUGACAAGGUGGUGAUCCUCCAUCAGGACUUGCGGAUCGGGAUCUCGCUGGCCGGCGAUCCUGUCCCGCGACUGCCAGGUUUCAUCUCAGUGGGGUCCCGGCGCUACAUGGAGUGGCAAAAUCUGGCCCUGGAAGCGACCGUGGAUUCCCGAUCUGCGGGCCCGGAUCCGGAGGCUGAAGAUCCGCCGAUGCCUGCAGUGGAGCACCCCGAGUAUGAAACUCCGCGCGACAUACUGCAACGACCAAGACCGACAGCGAUCAAGUGUCUGAAGGGCGGAUCAAGUGGAGAUCAAGAGGUUUCUGACCACCCGCCUUCGGAUAAUCCACCGUCGGACAAUCCGCCGCUGGAUUAUGACGACUCUAUGUCGCAUGUUGUAACGGUCGUGAAAGCGCUGGAAGAUCAGGAUCCAGGCGUAUCAGGUAUUACAGCAGUGGAUCUGGCCCUGGUCGAGGAUCCAGCCGUGGAAACAGCAUUGGCAGAUGAAGCUCUAAGUGAUGUUACUGGUGCGAAUCAAGAUCCGCCAGUCCAAGAAGUCCAAGAUCUGAAGGUGGCGACGUUGAAGGGUGAUAGGUCACACCCACCAUCAUCGAUGGGUGUAGAAUCUAUGACGAGCCAUAAGCUGGGUGACCCGUUGGACCAGAAGGACGCCACGUCUAUGUCGCAGAAAAAGGACGAGGAUCCGGCAGCUGUUCCUGAAGAUCAACCUGAUACAUCGGAUCUGGAUCUCACUUGGGACUCGGAUCAGGAUUACGACGAAUGCGUGUAUUACCACCACGAGGGCAGUGAUCUCUACGCCGAAGAUGUCGACGGACAACUAGCGGUACUACCCGAAGUCCCAGUAACGACGGAAGAUGUGAAGAUCGAGGAUAUCCAAUUGUGUGGAUCCGACAAUCAGACGCCAGAAGAGAUCGACCGACUUCGCCAGCGGAUUUCGAAGUUCCGAGCUCGGCCGAUCGCGCUCAAGUGUCGUAAGCUGCGGAUCCAGUUCCGAGAGAAGUUGGCAGAGUUGAUCAAGGGUCUCCUGUCAGCUAAGAUGAUCAACCACUCAAGAUCUCCAUGGGCAUCGCCGAUUGCCGUGAUCAUCAAGAAGAAUGGUGUGGACAUACGAUUGUGCAUUAAUUAUCGGUUGGUUAAUAGUCUGACACAGCUGAUGAUGACGGAUCAGGCCCGCCUGCUCUCGGCCUUUAUUACCCCAUUUGGACUUUUUGAGUGGAAUCGGAUGCCUUUUGGGCUGAAGAAUGCGCCGCAGAUCUACCAGCGGAUGAUCGACAACGCCCUGUAUGGGUUCACUCGGAUCCCGAAAAUGGCCGGCGAUUUGGAGCGUCUGGAUGUAUUCGAGGCCGGAGAACAUCUUCUGGAGGCGUGCGACAAAUGGAACUUGUCGAUCAGCGUUGUCAAUAGUUUCUGGGGUAUGCCCAAGGUAGAAUAUCUCGGUCACAAGGUACUGGAGGCAAAUCCGAAGGAUCUGUCGGCGUUGACGGAUCUCGAGUUUCCCGGAUCCCUGCGUGCCAUGCAAUCCUUUUUGGGCAGUCUGAACUAUUAUAGUCGCUUCAUCGAAGAUUACGCGAUCUACGCGUCUGUGCUAUAUGAGUUGAGGGAGAUCGACUAUGCUGCGAUGGAGAAGGACAUGAAUCGAAGCCGGAUCCAGCUAGCACUAGCGUCGGAAUCCCCAGAUCUGGACAUGUUGACUACGGAUCCGACAAGUCCGCAACCCUCGGAUCCGGACCCGCAGGGCCCGGAUCUCGAACUUAGCAAGCAAGAUCCGAACCUAGUGUCACGGGAUCCGAUGCCUGACUGCGUGAAGGUGUCGAACCCCGAGAGAGACAAUCUUGCAGAUCUGGAUCCCCGGUGGAUCCAUGCUCACAGAUCCUUCAAGGUGUUAAAGGAGAAGAUCGCGAAGACGCCGAUCCUACGUCACUUCGAUCCAGAUCAGCAAGCGGUGGUGGUUGUAUAUGCCAGUGAUUGGGCGAUCUCCGGUGCAGUGAUGCAAGAGUAUGAUCAGAUCUACUAUCCAGUGAUGUUCGCGAGCCGUACGUUGAAGUCCAACGAAUUAAAUAACGGGGUCGCGGAGAAAGAGGUAUCCUAUAAAGGUAACACUGAGCUAUUGAUCUUCGAAGAUCUCUUCUCGGAAUAUGUGAUCGCCAAAGCGAGCGGAUCCACGACGGCUCAGACUGUUGCCGAAUCCUACGAGGAAUGUGUGUUUCGUCGAUUUGGUGCCAGUGAGGUGAUCCGCCAUGAUCGUGAACCCGGGUUUAUGUCCGAUUUCUUUCGCGCGUUCAACAAGAUCCUGGAUCAGCGUCAAUGCGCAACAAUGGCAUAUAGACCCCAGGCGAACGGAUACGCAGAAAGAAUGGUGCAGACCACCACAAGGGCACUUAAGAUGAAUGUCCAAGAUCUGGAUCAGCGAGAUUGGGAUGAGUAUGCGGAGCGACUUACGUUCGCGAUCAACACCGCUCGGGAUCGGAUCCGUGGAGAGACGCCGUUUUAUAUGGUCCACGGUUGGGAUCCGAGAUCAACACUGGAGGCGAUGAUCCCGAUGGGAAGUACCAGAAGACAGGAUCGGGAUCCGCGGAGAUGGCGAUACCGGAUCCAGAGCCAUUACCAACAGGCACGGGAGCAGGUGAAUCAGCGCUUACGGGAGGCGAUUUCAGACCGGGCGGAUCAGCACACUGAUAUAGUGCGCCCGCAUCAAGUCGAGGCCGGAUCCCGAGUCUGGUUAUAUUUGGAUCGGGUGCGAGAGGGAUAUGCCAAAAAUCUUGCACAUCGGUGGCAUGGCCCCUUCCGUAUGUCCGAGAAGAUCGUCGAGUAUGCGGUGAAACUCGAGAUCGCCGGAUCCGCAUACACUAUCUUCCCCGUGGUCUACGUGUCAAAGAUCAAGCCUGUCAGAGAAUUUCCGGAUCGGCCGGUAACACGUCUUACGACACAGGAUCAAGAUCGGCUGGAUUUCGACGAGGUACUUCUCCCUGGAGAUAGAUGGAGUCAAGAUCGCGAUCCGGACGAGUAUGAGGUUGAAAGGAUCUCGGAUAUGAGGACUGGCAAGAGAACAAGAUAUGGUCGGAUCCUGCGUGAAUUCUUAGUACACUGGCGUGGGUACGAGGAUCCGACCUGGAUCGAUGAGGCGGAUCUCAACUACGGAGCAAUACUCCACGAGUUCUUGCGGGAUCGCGCCAAUCAGAAUCGGUUUGGCGUGAUGCAAUCUCACGAAGAGGCCUAA